AUGUCUAGAUUCUACGAAUUAAACCAUAUCUCCCCAACCCACCGCCAAUCUCGCUACUUCAGCUCCUGGAUCCUUCCAUCCCCAAUCUUCCUCGCCUACCGCGCUCUCCUCUGUCUCUACUCCGUCCUAGUAAUUAUCAUCGCCAACGCUCUUCGUCCCGACCUCGCAGGCACCCGUUUCAGCUAUUUCACAUGGCUCACAUACUGGGGGAUCACUUUUUACCUGCUCAUAAGUCUCGCGCACACGUUUAGCUAUUGGAAGUACGGAAAAGCGUGGUUGGAGAGCUGGCCAAAAUGGUUGCAGCUUUUGCACGGAGUAUUUUACACGACGAUCACUGUUUUGCCGUGGACGGUAACAGCGGUUUAUUGGGCGGUGUUGUUUGAUGGAUUUGGAGGGCAGUAUGAUGCAUGGAGUAAUAUUUCGGUUCAUGCUCUUAACGCUGGCGUGGCGUUUCUUGAAGUCAUCAUCCCACGCACAGAGCCAAUGCCAUGGGUUCACAUUCCCUGGCUCAUUGUUAUCCUCGGUGGAUACCUUGGUGUCGCGUAUAUCACAAAAUCCACCCAAGGAUUCUAUACCUACUCCUUCCUCGACCCCAAUAGCAAAGGCUCCGGCAUCACAGCCGCAUAUUGCAUCGGAAUUCUGGCUGGAACAACAAUACUAUUUUGUAUUGUGAAGGGACUGGUCUGCUUGAGGGUUUGGGUCACUGAAAAGAAGUUGGGUAUGAAUGGGAAGUUGAGCAAGAAAGACGUCAGUGGAGAAACUGAAGUUACAGAGAAGCUUAAUGUCUAA